UAAUUCCGGUGUUAAAAACCAGCGCGCUGAAUUUGAUUGUCGGUUUUCUCACAGUUUGUCAGUAGUUUAUAGGCAGUAGAACAUUUGAUUGAUCCAAAUAAUCGGUUUGACAAAACGGAUACUUUUAUGCGUCCUUAGAUUUGUUUGUCGCGGUAGCUUGCUACUUUUUUGACCUAUUAAGCUAGCAUUAGCUUUUGGCGACCUACGCAGCUGAUCCGCUAGUUAGCUAACGCAGUGGGUUCUGGAUUCUGCAGUUGCACAAGGAUGGAAGGCGACAGAAUGGAGGUGGCACCCAUACAAAGCAUCCAUGUAGAGGUCCACGUUAAAUCUCUCAGCACAGCUAAACUGUCAGACGUGAGGAUGCACGUUAAGAAGCUGCUGAACCGUCACAGCAUGGUUUUUGGAAACUACAGAUGGACUGAGUUUGAUGAAGAUUUCCUCCAUAAGAAUGUGGAAUCUGUGGCCAUUGCUGAUCUCGAGGAAAUGAUAACACAGCCCCUCGAUUUAGAGAGCUGCGAUGUCUCCAUUCAUGUCUUCACUCUGAAUGAGGAAGGACCCAGCAUGCUCAAUUUGGAGGAGGAUGAGGAACUUUCGGCAGCUAAUCACUGGCUGCUGCCAGCAGCUGAAUUCCACGGGAUCUGGGAAAGUCUUAUAUAUGAAACAGGAGUGAAAGCCCAGCUCCUGGAUUAUGUCACAACAACUAUUUACUUCUCAGAUAAAAAUGUUGACAGCAACCUGAUUUCUUGGAACCGCGUCGUGCUUCUUCAUGGACCUCCGGGCACAGGGAAAACAUCACUCUGCAAAGCUCUUGCCCAGAAACUGUCAAUCAGGCUGUCAAGUCGGUAUUCUUAUGGCCAAUUUGUGGAGAUAAACAGUCACAGUUUGUUCUCGAAAUGGUUCUCAGAGAGUGGUAAGCUGGUCACAAAGAUGUUUCAGAAAAUCCAACAGCUCAUUGAUGACAAAGACGCUCUUGUGUUUGUUCUGAUUGAUGAGGUGGAGAGUCUGACAGCAGCCAGGAACGCCUGCCAGGCAGGAACAGAGCCGUCUGAUGCCAUCCGAGUGGUCAACUCUGUUCUCACACAGCUGGAUCAGAUCAAACGGCACCCCAACGUGGUCAUCCUAACGACGUCCAACGUGACGGACAAGAUCGACUUGGCGUUUGUGGACAGAGCUGACAUCAAGCAAUAUAUCGGACCUCCGUCAGUGAAGGGCAUCUACAACAUCUAUCUGUCCUGUCUGGAAGAGCUGAUGAAGUGCCAAAUCAUCUACCCCAGGCAGCAGCUUUUUACCAUGUACGAGCUGGAAACCAUGGGCUUUGCUCAGAGCGAGGUCUCUGAGCACAGUCUGAAGCUAAGGAACAUUGCUGUAAAAAGCAAAGGUCUCAGUGGACGAGCGCUCAGGAAAUUACCCUUUCUAGCCCAUGCACUCAUGGUUAAGACACCUACAGUUUCUCUUAACAAGUUCCUGGAGGCAAUGUGCCGAACGGUGGAUAAACAGAGGGAGGAAAUAGAUAAUCUGAUCAAUGGUGUCUGAAACCAUUACCAUUGCCUAAGAGUGGACAUAUAAUUGUUCAAACGCUUUCAGUCCUGAUGUUGUCAUUUUUUUUUUUAAAAGCCUAAUCGGUUCAGUUGGCAGCACUUCAAUUAAUCUGUUAUCUAAAAUAUUGCUUCAACGAAUCCUGUUUGUCACCUAAAGCUCGUUAUUCAGGUAGCUGUUGGUGCUAAUGUAUCAGCGCAGGACUUGAUAUAAGAUGUUGUCCCAUGUGUGUUUGCUUUGUGAUUAAUGUAACUGUUGGAUGUAUUUUAAUGUUAACACAGCUUUAACCUUAACAGCCCUAGCUGUUGUCUUUGUGUAAAGCUUUAGCUCAGACCGUUGUGCUGUUCUCCUCACAUACUGUUGAUCAUAUCGCUAAGGUCUAACCAAACAUGGACCAGGAUGAGAUUUGCAUGGUAUCACCAAGUAAACGCAAACAUUGCUGCAGCUGCCACAAUAACGUAGCGUAUUAAUUAUUACAAACUAUGCUUUUAAAACCCCGUUGCCUGAAAAUUAUUGACCUAAGUUUCCAUAACAUUACAAAAAUAAGUUCUAGUAGCCUUCUUUCAGGCAGCUUGACCGGUAGUGUGCAGCAACAAGUGGGGGAGGGGCAGCACUAGUUUAUGCUUCCUACAGCUGAAAAAAAAAAUCCCUAAAUACCUUUGUCUGUUUUUAAAACCUCUGUAACCGGUUCAUGCCUUGGUGGAAAAUUCUCAUUUAGCAGAAAGUGCCUCGCCGGACAGCAAAGUUUUCAGGAUGCAGUUUUGUUAUGGAGGGUUCUGGUGUUUUGUUGUGUUCACUCGACUGUCUUUGUUAAGCUGGCACUCUAAACCAGCUGCUCUCAGCUUUAUGCAUAACAUCCUUUCAGGUAUAAAUAAAAACAUGUAACCUAAAUAUAUAUAUAUAUAUAUAUAUCUGUUCAUGCAUUGUUUUUUAACUUUUUUGCAAAAGAUUCAUUGUUGUCAUCAGUUCUGUUUUCUUCUCAAAUCCAAAUUGUCCUUGAAAUGUCUAAACUCAUGUUCAUGACACCUUUGCAUAUAACAAUUUAAUAAACUAUUGUUUAUA